AUGUCCUUCUGUAUCUCAACACAUAUGCCUCGCUCUUCCAAGGCACGGGCUUCUUUUACGGUCCAAGACCCAAGAAUUCUCAAUUCCAACUUCAUAUUCAACCUCGUCAAUGCCAAAGAAACGAUUCACAUCGCAAUACUCAAAGCCUCCCAGUACCGUCCAUCCAUCUCUGAACUCGCACUCGCACGCCGCGAGUUCAAGCUCCAGCCUGAGUUCUUCACAGACAACGAUGCGAAACCCACGGUGAACGACCUGAUAUCCUCCUCUCGAAAACUGAACGUAUCACCUUCUGGGCCUGCACCGGCGACAGUGACCACUCCGACGCUGCCACCACAGAUCCGCUCUCUUCUCUCCCAGCCCGAAACGCCAGUCCCUCACGCCAGGAACCGUCGACGCCUCGAUGCAAAUGGCAGACGUAUACCGCCUGGUCCUGCACCCCCGCGUAGCUGGCUAGAAGGCUCGAGGUAUAGCUAUGGAUCAGGGCGUUCGCUGACAAGGGUUCUGCCCACCGACGUGAGGCAUCUCCCUGGAUUGCCGGAUGAGGAGAGGAAAGGGGCUACUCUACAGGACAUGUGCUUGAGAGAGAUGGCAAGACAAUGGGAAUUUGUCAGGGAUUACGAGAUGAAUAACUUGGUGGACGUCCCGGGAGGCUUGAGGAUGAAGCUGUUGAGCUAUCUUGCGGUCUAUGGCCCUGAUGAAGGGGUGGGCUUUGAAGGGCAUGUUCAUCCUUUCCGUACCAACUGGGAACAAGGAGAUGGUGAUGGAUCUUCUGAUGUCGACCCGGGAGAACACAAUGAAGGGAUCUUCCGCUUGGAUCUUUCGGGUGCUAUGGGCAACUCUAUUUCAUUCAAGCAGCUCGUCGAGCUCGUGCAGAUGCCAGAACCCCAAGCAGAAGCAGACUCUGUCGAAUUAUCUUGGGAGGAUACCUCGCUUUCAAAACCCCUCUCAGCAACGCUUCCAAUGCUCACUCAUCUCUCUCUCUCUCAUCCAGCAUCCACUGUCUCCUGGCCACGCUUACUCUUGCUAAACACUCCCGCGGCCAGAUCAUUCGCAAAGCACGUGCCAAACUUGACCCAGCUCUCACUGGCCUACUGGCCCGUCCCCUCUCUUACCCCCAACGCCAAAAACACAGUGGUUCAAUCAACUCAUGGACAAGAUAUCCAAUACGGAGGCACCAACUACUAUUCUCACAGUCUUGACAACGACUUCCGCGAAGCUGCUGACGUCCUCAGACGCCUCGCUGAUCGCCUACCUGGACUCCAGUAUCUCGAUUUGACAGGGUGUACGGACUGGCUGCAGGCACUUCGCUGGACAGGCGACAUCAAUGACCGCAGCAUCGCCUGGGGAAAUCAGUGGAUCAAACUCCGCACCUUGAAAAUUCACAGCGGCCUGCAUCUAUCAGCAGAGUCAGAGUACAGCGAAGUCACACGCUUUGUCAUGGCGUAUAGAGAAACCCUCAUUACAGAACAGAUGAUUCGAUUCUCGAUUCGAAGGACCAAAUCCAGUUGUAGUAUGAGGACGGUAAACUGGAUCGACGUCCAGAAAGAUGAUUGGAAGGUCUAUGCGGACCUGUGGCCGGCUGUUGGUGCUACUACCGACGAGGCGCGGAAGAGGAUUGCGCUGAUGGCAUUGGAUAGCAAGGAUUUUGUAGUGGAUAACCAGUGGACGAGACCAUUUGAUUUGGAUCCGAACUUGGAGCGGGAGCCGGGUGUGGUUGAGCGGAUGAGUGUUUGGGACUCGUAG